AAUUUUACUAUACUGUGACUAAUUAUUAGUAAAGGUGUUUACCAAACCAAUAAUGUUGUAAGGGAUGAUCGAUAUUACUAAUGUAUGUCAUAUUUUAGUGAUAUCGAUCAAGAAGAUAUGAAAGCUCAUCCUUUCUAAAUAGCUUUGUCAAAUAUAGCAUUGUUCUCACAGUUCUGUGAUUCGUCUUUUAUAAUCCCACUAGCUACGAUGUUAUAUAAAGCCGUUCAUUUUAUCCCAGUAAAAAGCAUAAGCCCUUCAUGGAAGAAAAAAUUAAUCAGGCUAUUGGACGUGAUCGAAUUGUUAAUUUAUGAGAUAAAUGCACCUACACUCCACGUAGACAAAUAACACGCCACGGAACACCCCAUGUAUUGUUAAUCGAUUACAUUAACACAUCAAAAAACCUAACUUACAUUUACUAACAUGACCUACCAACAAGCCCGAUCUACGAUGAUACCAACUGUUUGUUAUUGAUACAUGGCAAAUAAAUAUCAUCUGCAAGACUGUUUAUCGUUUUUCAGGUGCCUCAUCGAGGUUCCUGUUUCAAAAAACAUUAACUUUAAUUAAUAUCGUUAACAAUGUCAAUGAUGAUACAAUUACUCAUGGUAAUGGUGAUGAUAUAACACCGUUAAAAGAGGAAGUACAACAAAAACAAGGCUAUUACUUUUAUCAACUGCACGCUUCAUUCGAAAGCCCGUGUCUAUAAAACACGAAGUCUAUGUGUCAUAUGGUCUACUAUCCUUUUUUUUUUUAUAAAUCAAUUCAAAUAUUUAAUAACUAGGCAUCUACCUGACCAUUAAAUUAAAAAAACGAAACGACGUUUAUAUGCAUUUUCCAGCGUGGGCUAAUAUGUAGUGUACAGCUGAAUGAAAUACGUGUGAUGUCAUUUUAUAUAGAAGUAAUACAGCAAGCCACACGAAAACCGACUAUGUUAUAGCCAUAUAUUCCUCAAGUUCUAUUUAUGCGACGAGACAGAAAUGUACAUUCUAUAACUUCGCUCAUCAAUUCAGUAACUUUACUGGAUUUGCUCAAUUUUCAAGCUUCAGUCAUUUAUCUGCAAAUUGCCGGCAUGUGUUACACAAGUGAUACUGCAUAAAUUCGAAUAUGGCAUUCUUUCGCAUAGGUCAAUGUCAAUACUGUGGAAAUGAAUAGUGGUGAUGACUACGAAUUUCGUGAUCCGAUGGCUGAUGGUAUGGAACGCUUAAAUAUUGAGAAAGCGAAUCGCGGAAGAGGUGGGGGACGAGGCACGAAAGUGCUCACUUUUCCGGCUUUUCCUUCCGGCGGAAUCAUACAACCAUUUGCUGAGCAAUCAGAUAAUCGUCGGGCUAGACGAGCUGAGUCCGAUAGCUCCUCGUUGGCAUCAAGGAAGGCUGUAACUGCCCAAAGCGACGCCCUCGGUGAGGCUGCACCAAGUGCAGAAAGGGCGCUUCGACAACUCGGCAAAUCCGUCUUCUCUUCCUCAACAACAACAACAACAACAGCGGCAGCUAAAACAGAAGCUACUUCGCCACAAUUAUCGCGAAAACAAGCAUCUAUUGUUAAUACGCGAUUGCGCAAACGAAAACAGGGGACUCAGGUUAACCAUCAUCACAAGAAGCCACAGCUAUCUAUGAGUACCGCCUUGCCAGAAACCAAUGGUAAACCUUUUUAUGAACAGCGAAUGGCCAUUGCCCCAGCUAAGUGCUUACUAUCGGAAGAAGGAUUUCGCCGCCUUAGCGGGAUGUUAGCCGACCGUUAUGUAGAACGUGGGGCAGACGGUACCUACUGUGUUCAUCCCGAUCAAAAGCUUUUCGACGCGCAGAUCGCAGCUGCUAAAGGCGUCAAUGAGUUAAGUGAUGACCAGAUUCGUUAUCUAUUUUAUCGCAUUGAGGAUGAACUGCGCGAUCUCGCUGCCCACGGUCGAAGUAAGCGUCAUCGUUUGUUUAUGGCAGAUCGAAACGAUAUCCUGAAUUUUGCUAUGCCUUUUAACGAAUAUACUGACAGACAACGGACAUUGAUUCGUAACCUCUGCCAGGAUCACUUACGUAUUAAGAGCGGUUUCAAUGACUUCUACGUAAUGCAAGUCCUCAUUCCAGAAGCCUGCAUUAGAAUACAUAUGGAGGUCCACGGUACGACGUUCGAAGAGAGUGAUGGCUUCCUUGAUCCUGGACUGGUAAACCUCAAAGAAGCGAUUGAGAGCCUGGACGCAACUUCUCGUGAAGGUACUCAAGCAAAAAUCACUCUUACAUCGAUCCUGGGUAGUAAUGAGAACGAAAGAACAAUUAUGGGAACAGUCAAGUAAUAGUGAUAUAUCAAGUGCUGUAAAUAUCUAGGUAAUACAACGCACUCCUUCAACAGGAAGGGUCGUUUUAGAUCAAUUCCACUACACCCUGUGCAAUAAUCUAGCAUUAGCAUUUAUGUAUGUACAGCUGUGUAUAUGAUUUCCUGAUUUUAUCCUUUGUAAUGUGUACUACGUAACAUGUAUGGGAAAGGACUUUGAACUUCAGAGUUCUAAUUGUGUUAUAUGAAAAGUACAAAAAAUAACAUUUUAGGACGAAAUAAAUCGUCGCAUUGCUCUGCGGCAUAUGUCAUAUUAAAAGUGAGACUUGGGCUCUUAAUCUUUGUAUUAAACUACUCGAAAAAUUAUCAGAACAAAGAACUUUAACGAUGCUAUAAAGAAAAAAUCCUAAUAAUUUGCACUCUUAUGGAGCACAAUGUUUUUGAUUAGUUAAAAUUAAAAACUUUAUUAUGGUAAUCUUAUAGAUCGUUUCCUUUUUGGAAGGCACUUUGACAAGUAAAUUACAGAUUUCUGAAUAAAAUUAUUGCAACUAGGAUAAAAUUGUUGAGUUGCUAUUGUCUGCACAGUACAAUUGCAAGAAUUAACUGAGUCUGUCACAUCUCAGAUAAUUUGAAUUCUUGUAUCAUUGAACUGCUUGACUACAUGGGUUCUAUACAAAUAUUGUGCCAAAUAAUAACUAUUCCAUCUUAUAGAUGAAGCGCGGCUUGAUUUGAAAGUACGAGAAAAAAUCCGCGGAAUUGCUAUAUUUGCUGAUGUGAUUAGUGUACUUCUGAUUUUGAUACAUAGUUUCGGUGCAGUUAGUGUAACGGACACUUUUUUACAAACCACUAGCGAACCUGUGCUGGUUGUGUCAUGAUCAUAAAAAAUGAAACUUGACGAAUGUCAUGUGAUUGUAUAUCAUAUUCACCGCAUUUGUAACAUUCAGUUGUAACAGAAAAAAGAGGACGUCUUAUACAAUCGUGUGCACUGUCAAAAGAGGGUUUGUCAAUAAAUGUAUGACCUUAAUAAAAAAAGUGAGUUUUCUUAUUCGCUAGCUACCCUCAGAUGUUUAAAUAAACUAAUAAUUUACCAUUUCAGAUAGAUUUAAUCGUUUCAUAAUGAAUUGUGUGGCUUACAGAUGAAGAAUGUGACUUACUUUUGAACAGUAUAUAUAGAAAAACGGUUGUUUAUACUCGACAUACUAGUAGGCUCGAAACUAAUGACUUGCUACAAAUGUUAAGGCAAAUGGUUAUACAAGCAAAUCUAUUAGAUAAACCUUAAUAAUCAUGGAUAAAUAAAAAAUGCGGUAGUGCCAACAUUUCUUAAGCUGUUUUUUACUCAACGUGAAUGUGUGAUGUUCGCCAUUGGAGAGAACUCAGUGAAUGUGUUUUAAAAUAUUGACGGAUGAGGCGAGACUCGAAAACCAAAAUCUAGACAUAUCGUUGCAACAAAAAGCUCAUUUAUUAUAAUUGGUUUCGAUGAAGUCAUUCGCUUCUAGAGAAAAGGCACAGUAGCGGAUGGACACGUACAAUAUUCUAAGUUUUGCUUGAAUUGUCUUCGAUAGGACAGUGUAUUCCUGGCAAAAACUAAUUUUUUUAUAUAAGAAACAGACUCGCAUCGACCUUAUUUAGAAACUUCCAUGUGUAUUUUGUAUCAUAUAGAAUAGUUUAUUAAUUAAUCAGAUGAUUUUCAUUUUAAUACUAAACGUAACUUUAAAUUCGUCGAACAUGCUGGUUAUUCAGAAAAUUGUCGUCAAGCAAGAGUAAGGCUUUUGUGUAACAUGAUCGGAGUUGGAAAUGGGCGUGUGUGUGAGAAAAUAAGUGUGUUUAGGCAGUCGAUACAGACAAAACUGCCACAAGAAAAGGUACGCGCAAGAAAAGGUCAGUUGGCCCUAGUAACUGUUUUAGGCAACGUGGGUUGUAGCGAAACGUAAUUUCUGUAUUGGGACAUUC